AAGUUUAUUGAGAACUCAGUUUGUGUAAGGACAGGACCGAUAGGCCGAGUCGGGUAGAAGUGUAUACCGGUAAUUUUUUACGAAUAAAAUUGUUGGUCGAAUUGAAUUGAAUAACCUAUGGUAUCUUUAACAUGAUUUUCGUUGGGAGGAUCGGAUGAUCGGAAACGUCAGUGACAUAUCGACACUGAUCAGAGUCAGAGGAGGAGUCAACAUUAGGGCCUAGAUUUUAGCCUAGCACUAGAACCACUCAUCCUACGAUCGGUCUGCAAGAUGGAGUAUAUGCCAGGAACAGCUAGUUUGAUCGAUGAAAUUAAUAAAAAGCUUCUGGUUGUCCUAAGAGAUGGAAGGACCCUGAUAGGUAUUCUUAGAAGUAUUGAUCAAUUCGCCAAUCUUGUGUUACAUCGUACCAUUGAGAGGAUACAUGUAGGCAAACAGUAUGGAGACAUACCAAGAGGUGUUUUUGUUGUCAGAGGAGAGAAUGUGGUCCUUCUUGGUGAAGUAGAUACAGAGAAUGAGAAUAAUCACAAUUUGGAGGAAGUUUCUAUUGAUGAGAUCCUUGAAGCACAAAGAGCAGAACAGCUAAAGAAUCAAGAGGAAGAGAAGACACGGAAUAAGAAACUUUUAGAGAGAGGACUCCAACCUCAUGGUGAACAAGGAAUUGAUGAGUUUCCAUGAAUCAACCAUACCAGAUUUCAGAAGACUUUUGUUUUUCUUUAAUUAAUUUAAUCUCUUAGAGCAAGAGGAGACUGAAUCGGGGACUCUUGUAUUUUUUUCCCAGAGUCUUGGGAUCUCUAUCUUAUUUUCAAAAUAAGGAUCAAGUUUCAAUCUCAGACAGCAAUGACGCAGUGGACAGUUUUGUAAGACUUGAUCAUUUUCUCGGAAUCAACCAAGUACAGGAUGUCAUCUGAAAACUGCUCUUUAGAGCUUAAACUCUGAGAGCAAGAGUUGACUGAACCUUGGAUUAUUUUUUCUUGAGUCUCACAAGCUUCCUUAUUUUGGAAUCUUGCAUCAAACGUGUUGUGACACCAUGGGGCAAGGCAUAAGGUAUGGAUAACUUUUGUGAAUCAACUUGAACCAAACAUUGAUUUUUUUUUUUUUUUUUUUUUUUUAGUGAAACUUAAAAGCAAGUGGAGACUGAAUCAAGGAUUUUUAUUUUUGUGUAUUUUGUUGUCAAGUUCCUUGUCAAAAGUAAGAGCUUUAUCUCUGCCACAGGAAUCCUGCAAGCAGGUUUUCCUCACAGAUACCAUAGCAAUGCUGCAAUAAAUAGAUGCAUAGCAUCAUUAUAGCAUGAUUCCUGCUAAAAGGCAUGACACAGACUUUUGACAAGCUGCUACACACAUGAUGAUUUUUUUUUAAGUUCAAACAGAGCUGAUGCAAAUGUGGAGACAUCAACAUUUUUUAAGUUGAUAAAAUGUGAUAUAUUUUUGUUUUAUUCAUAAUUGAAAGUGUUUCAGUUAAAUCAUUUCAAAUUAUGUAGAAAUAAUCAAAUAAAAAAAAAGGAAUAUGUGAAACAAAAUAAUAAAAAUAAAAUUUGAAAUACAUACAGAUUAGUCCUGCUAACACAAUUUUUAAAUGAAAUUUUGAAAGAAUGAUAAAAUGUGUAUUUUGACUAAAAUCGCCUAAUUGAAAGGAAGCUUUUCUUCAGAAUUAGAGCAAAGCAAUUCUGGUUUCAAUCAUGGAUAUUGAAAAAACUGAUUUGAGAAAUUAUGUCAUUUCAAUCACACUGUCAAUGGCCAGGACCUAGUGGGGGGGGGGGCAGAAUAAAGAUGUUUACAAAGAUGUGCAUGUGUUUAUGAAUGAAUGGCAACAUUGUAAGCUAAAAUUAGGGUAAUUCAAAUAUUAUUUUUUUUAGUCACAGCAAAAAUUUGAAAUAUACUAGUGUAGAUUAGCAUACUUAUUGUACACAUGCAUUUCAAAGUAAUGCUACACAUUGUGAAGAGAUAAGGAUAUGUUCUCAACAUCUCAUUUGGCCUUCCAUACCUUCAAGAACAAUUUAAUGAAUACCCCCACCCCCAUUAAAAAACAAUACCUGGAAUGCAUAUGAUAUGCUCAUAGGCCAUCAAGUGGUAAUGACAAAGAAAAUGAUCUAAUUGCUUCAGAAACAAUCUCAAGGUUAAUAGUCUAUAUUUAUAUGCAUAAAAAUAUGUAUGUACUCUCACUUGUCAUAUACAUGUACGUGUAUAAUGUCCCUUUUAUACAUUGAAUUACACAAUACACAAUUUAGACAUACAGAAAGAUGUGAGUUUCCAUCUACCUUUAUGGUUCAUGGUUUUGAGAUCUUUUCAUCAGAUAUAUUUCAUUGACAUGUCAAGAAUUUUUCAAUACCAAAAUUACAGCUACACUUGAAUCAUGCAGAAUAGAAUGCCGCAAUAACAACGGAAAUUCAUUUACCAAAAAUCAACUAUUUGUGUAGAUGAAACAACAUAUGUAUGGUAAGGGAGGGUAUGCAAAUGAGUUGUUUGUCAAGUAUUAUACAAUCUAUUUGCAUUGAAGGAUAACAUCAUGAUGAAAAUUGUGCUUUUAGUUAUUUUCUUUCAUUUCUAAUGAUUUUAUAAUUACACUUUUAUAAAUGAAACCCCAAAAAGGUGAUGUAAUUUUGAAUAUUUGAUUUUAUGUAUGCCUAUUAAAUAGGAAGAUGUCAUCCUUAAUAAUAAAAA